AUGGAGAUAAAUCUGGAUGACGCCCUGAAGCAGCUACCUGGGCUCUUCAAAGAGAGAGAGGAACGUCUGGAUAAGCGCGAAAAAGAUCUUCAGCGCCUCAAGGCCACACUCGAGGAGGAAUACCCAAACGCCGGGGAGCCGGAUGAUGUGUUGGAACUGGACGUUGGAGGCACCCAUCUUUCGGUUUCUCGUAGGACUUUGACGCAAGUUGAUCUCACCAUGCUUGCAGCCAUGUUCAGUGGACGCUGGGAUGAUAGUCUCCCAAAAACCAAGGAUGGCAGGAUCUUUAUUGAUCAGCCGAUUGAGAUCUUCCGCCCGCUGAUCGACUAUUUGCGAGCUCUUGCAACUGAAACGCCCAUCGUGCGCCGUCCUUAUCCGCCGUCCUUCAAUGACCCUGAGAGGAGGUUUGACUUUUACCGGAUGGUGGAAUACUACGGGAUGAGUCUUGGCGUCUAUCAGGUUGGAGUUUAUCAAUUGGCAUCGAAUGGUGUUCCGUCGACUCUGGUUGCAAGUCACCCUGAUUUUGAGGUCCGAGCAGGAGGUGACUUUUCCACGUAUUGUCUUCAGCCACUCGAGAAUCGUCAUCGGAUGUAUAUCAAGUCGUUUGAAGUCAAGGUUCCCGCAAAGAAGUCGGAUUCUCGGAGUCCGACUCAAGUUGGAUGGAUGCGCGAAGGCCACGGCAGCUACUUGUUCAAUAGAAAAAGUGACGGCACUGAAGGCGUCGGCUAUGGCAAUUACAGCGUUGCAUGGGAUUUUGUAAGGUCAGGAAUCGUUGUCCAAGGACAGUUCACUGAGGUACCCAAUGCUUCAGUGAAGGCAGGAAGUGUGAUCAGGUGCGAAGAUCGUGGAAAUUCGUGGUACAUUGACGGGAGCUUGGUAGCGUCGACGCAAUCACAAAAGAACGUUGCCCUGAUUUCGAUUUCGUCGGUCGGUGUCAACAACAUGAUCCCUUGCGUCUCGCUGAAGGGGAAAUGUGAAUUUAAAACAACCAUCGAGUUCCAUUACGUCUGA